ACCGGAAGUGGGACUUUUUUCGCCGGUGCACGUGAGUUGGUGUUUACAAACAACAUGGAUACCUUUAAUGUUGGAGACAAUAGAUGUUUUAAUAGAUGAAAGGGGAAGUGCUACAGUGAUAUCCGUGUUGACAAAUGGAUAUUACAGGUUACAGGUUGGUACCGAAUUUGAAUUUGACUGUGAUGAAGGCAGAUUAUUAAAACUUCCCUGUGGCCAACGUUUCAUCAUCAAUAACUGAUUGGUGUAAUUGUUCUCGGUAAUUUACAAUAAGCUGUCAAUUAAAUGUUGAAUAGUGUAUUGUUACAGUAGAGUUAUUGAACGUAUUAUGUUUUAGGUAAAGGAACAAGUAACAUCCACAAGUUUGUACGGAAAAUCAUGGCACUCCCCUUUCUACCACCAGCCGACAUCGCGAGGAUGUUCUGGAGAAUAACAGGGCGUGUCCCCGCCAAUGGCAAACUGCGUGAUCUGAUCAACUACUUUCAAACCCAGUGGAUCGCUCAUCCCACCUUCUCUCCCAGAUCCUGGUCUGUGUUCAACAUAGCUGUCAGGACGAACAACUUUGUGGAAGGUUGGCCCAGACGUAUCAAUAAAAAGGUGGGGGAGCAGUCCCUGGGGAUCUACAGAUUGAUCCCAGAGCUCUUCAGAGAGGCCCGUCUGUUGCCUCUACAGUCAAGACUGAUUCAGGAGGGACGACUCAGGGCGUAUGUGCGCAAAUCUUCCACAUCUCGUCAAGAGGAGAUUUUCGACAUAUGGCGACGAUACAAGGAUGGAGACCUCUCCCUGGGCCAAGUACUCUCACAAUGUUCGGUUGUACAUGGGCCAAUAUUGUGAACACGAUGAAGAUGACGAUGGACAUGCCGACGAUUAGAGUGAGUGAGUGAG